GAUGUUUUGUACACUGUGUGCAACCCGGUUGGAAAAGUUCAGCGCAUUGUUAUUUUCAAGAGAAAUGGAAUACAAGCCAUGGUUGAGUUUGAAUCUGUGUUUUGUGCCCAGAAGGCAAAGGCUGCACUCAAUGGAGCAGAUAUCUAUGCAGGAUGCUGCACACUAAAAAUCGAAUAUGCAAGGCCAACUCGACUUAAUGUCAUUAGGAACGACAACGAUAGUUGGGACUACACUAAGCCAUAUCUGGGCCGCCGAGACAGAGGGAAGGGCCGGCAGAGACAAGCUAUUUUGGGAGAGCACCCAUCAUCCUUUAGACAUGAUGGCUAUGGCUCUCAUGGUCCUUUGUUGCCCUUGCCAAGCCGGUACCGAAUGGGAUCUCGGGACACUCCAGAACUUGUUGCUUAUCCCUUGCCCCAGGCAUCCUCCUCUUACAUGCAUGGUGGAAAUCCUUCUGGGUCAGUUGUCAUGGUUAGUGGGUUGCAUCAGCUCAAGAUGAACUGUUCAAGGGUAUUCAACCUGUUCUGCUUGUAUGGAAACAUUGAGAAGGUGAAAUUUAUGAAGACUAUUCCGGGCACAGCACUGGUUGAAAUGGGUGAYGAAUAUGCUGUAGAAAGAGCGGUCACACAUCUCAAUAAUGUCAAGUUAUUUGGAAAGAGACUCAAUGUCUGUGUUUCCAAGCAACAUUCAGUAGUUCCAAGCCAGAUAUUUGAACUGGAGGAUGGCACAAGUAGUUACAAGGAUUUUGCCAUGAGUAAGAACAAUCGCUUCACCAGUGCUGGCCAAGCAUCCAAGAACAUCAUCCAACCACCCUCCUGUGUGCUGCAUUAUUACAAUGUUCCCCUGUGUGUGACUGAGGAAACGUUUGUAAAGUUAUGUGAGGAUCAUGAAGUUCUCAGCUUUAUCAAAUACAAAGUGUUUGAUCCAAAACCUUCUGCCAAAACAUUGUCUGGUCUGUUGGAAUGGGAAUGUAAGACAGAUGCAGUGGAAGCUCUCACUGUACUUAAUCACUACCAGAUAAGAGUCCCAAAUGGCUCCAACCCUUACACUUUGAAGCUUUGCUUCUCUACUUCAUCCCAUUUAUAGAGGACAGCAUGAUAAGAGCUACGUUCACCUGGAUUUGCAAGUUAAAAACUACACUUCGUUCACAAAGCUCUAAAGUGGUUGUUCUAAUGUUGCCUUGUUUCAACUUAUUAAUUCUAAUAUCUUUUAUCUUGUUUUAUAAUAAAUGGAUGUUCCUUCAUAAAUACAAACCAGAUUUUUUUUUUCUUUUUGCCUCUGAGAAGUACAUGUUGUAAGCUUACUACAAAGUUUGUAUUUUGUUAGUGUAGUAUCUUCAAAUGUCUAAAGAAGCACCAGUAGUAUAAASAAGAUUGUUUCUUUUCAAAAAAUGAAAUAUAUUUGCAUUUUCAAAAUGUUAAAGAUUAGCAAGUAUUUUUCCAUUUGUAGUCUUAAUUGGCAGAUAGAACUAUUAUAGCAGAAUUUUAAAUGUAGAACUUGUUUUUCAGUUUGUUAAGUAGUGAAGUAUGUUGCAAUACUAAAAAGCAGCUUGUAUUUAUAAAAUGCUUUGAUCGGGUUAAUGUUGCACAUACUGAACUUUUAGUAGCAUAGACUUGAUUUAUAGUUCCAACAGAGCUAACGUAGAAAAUUAUUAAGUAUGUACACGUGUAUGGUAUGAAUUCAUACUUAUUUAAAGUGGUUUUGUUUUUUUUAAAAAAAAAUAUUUUCCAUUUGCAUUAGCAUGAUUCCAUCUAUAGCUAGUCCCACCGUAGGGGCCUUUUAAAAAUUAAAGUUGCAAGCCUGACUCAAUGUCUUCAUCCUCAUUUUCCAUAACUGAAACUUAAAUCUUUGGUGUUUAACAUAUCCUUUUGACUCUUUUU